AUGCCCAUCUGCAUCGAAUGUUCUUACCCCGUCUCGCACCUGUAUAGCACUUACAGCCGCGCCGACGACCGCUCUUUGGGCAAGGGCGUGCGUCUGACGCAAUGUCCGCGCUGCAAGCGCUUUGCGGACAAAUAUGUGGAACAUGAUUUUGUGGUGCUUUUUAUUGAUCUAGUCCUCAUCAAACCUCAGGUCUACCGACACCUACUCUUCAACCGACUAGGGGGUAACAAUGAUCGAUUCGAUCGUUCAAUCAUCCGUCUGGGAGUUCUUCUCCUUUUGUUCGAUGUAUACCUCACCUGGGCGCGGAUCGAGAGGUCCCCCACGCUCGCAGCGUCCUGGCUUGCCCGCACGCCCAUCAUUGUGCAAUACCUCUUCUUUCUAAGCUUGAACGCCGUCGCAACUCUUGCGCAUCAUCUCACGGUUAGGCUGCUCGCCUCCGUGCUCUCACCAACACCGUAUGGCAGCAGCAGCACCCACACAAGCGGAACCGAGGGACCUAUCCUUUCGAAUCCAUCCACCCCCGUCUUCCCCUCGUUCUCGACCGUGCCCCAGUCAGUCACCCCGUCAGGGCAACAGUCACCCACCGCUGGGAUGGCAAUGAGCCCGACGAGGCUCACACCUUACGGUUCCUCCCAGGACGUCUCGCUCUCGGCCGGUGCUGCUGCCUUGGGCACCUCGGCAUCCACUACAAAUCUCGGGACUGAUCAACAUCACAACCUCGCGUCUACACCACAGGCAUCGUUCCCCUUCCCCCCGCCGCCUCUGCGCCGUGCGUCCACCGCGCCCGCGCAGAGCAUCCGGCCUUUGCCACCCCCGUCCCCAGCCAGCCCCACAGCCAUCAGCACCGCCCUUCUCGUCAGCAGCUGCGCUAAGCUCUUUCCUAUCCUUCUCGUCAUCUGGGGUCCCGACGGCAGCGGCAGCUCGUCUGCAUCCGUCGAACAGGACAACCCAAGCGCCGGCGGGAUGACGCAUUCCACUCUGACGCAGCGGAUGUUGAGCAGAUACACCCCGACCGCGAGCGCAGCCGCUCCCGGCGCGACGGGAUUCGUAUCCUCGGUGUCGUCGUCCGUGCUCGACAAGCUGGUCUCCAGCCUUGCGUGGUUGAUUCCGGCGUCCGUGCCAACGAGCUACCUGACGAAUUGUGCCGAGUUGGUCGGCUCGCUCUUCUCGCUUGGGGCAGCGGAUACGCACCUCGGGCUGUUGAGCAAUAUCGAAGCGCUGUACAUCCUUCUCGGGUGCGGGUAUCUGCGCGCGGUAGCCUUGGCGGUGGCCGGCCUGCUCGCGCGGUGGACAGUGCAGAGGGUGAUUCUCGGUGCGGUGGGCAUCGGCUGA